UUUAUCACAAUUUUGUUGAGAUAAUGGUGUAAUAUAAAAUUACUAUCAAACUCUUUAGCUGCAUUGGUGCUCGUGAUAUCACGCGUGGUUGAAAUCCAAUUAGUGCCCACUAGAAAAAAAAUGUUCAGUGUUAAAAUUAAGUACGUUUUCUGGACAGUUACUGUCUUAGCAGUCAUCAGUAAACAUAAUUCCGACGCGGUAAGAUGUUACGUUUGUCGUGGAUGUCAAAGCGGAGACUUAACAGAAGAUCAUGCUCGAACUUGUCCACCACGUACCCCGCCUACAGUCCCCCCGACUGAGGAACCCACAACUACAGAUGAACCCAUAACAGAUUCUCCAUCAACUGAAGGGCCUGUCACUGAGGAAGUUACUACUGAAGCAUCUACUACGGAUUCUUCUACCACUAAUGGUUCUACUACUGAUAGUUCUACCACUGAUGGUUCUACCACUGAUGGUUCUACCACUGAUGGUUCCACCACUGAUGGUUCUACCACUGAUGGUUCUACCACUGAUGGUUCUACCACUGAUGGUUCUACCACUGAUGGUUCCACCACUGAUGGUUCUACCACUGAUGGUUCUACCACUGAUGGUUCUACCACUGAUGGUUCUACCACUGAUGGUUCUACCACUGAUGGUUAUACCACUGAUAGUUCUACUACUGAUGCUUCCACCAUUGAUGGUUCUACCACUGAAGAAUCUACUACUGAAACAUCUACUACUGAAACAUCUACCACUGAAGUAUCUACGAGUGACGCCUCUACUAUUGAAAAUUCUGUUAAUCCAGGACCAUCUAAUGUGAAUCCAUUUUACGAAGUAAUAAACUAUAGAAGAUCAAAAAGAAAUGCGGGUGAUGAAAUUGAACCGCGCUGUUUUGUAACGUAUUUUGAAGUCAAUGGUGAGUCUGACGUGAUCCGUGGCUGCGCAUACGCCGACGAUAAUGCUGAGACCCGUUGCAAUGAAGCUAUAGGUAAUCCUAAUGCCCAGAUCGAAAACUGCAGGGUGUGUGAAGGAGAACUUUGCAAUUCUUCAGCAAGAGCUGCAGUAGGCUUCCUUAUUAUGUUUGUCAGUUUAAUAGUACAUUUAAGUUAAAUCACAAUUAGCUUCAAUAAUAUGGUCUCAGAGAUUACCUUAGUUAGAUUGUAAAUUAUUUAUAAGUGUUGUUAUUUGAAGUUAAUUUGUUUUUGUGUCAACGAAUAACUAAACUAACAAAAGUCAUUAUGGAAGCGAAGCGAUGUAUCAAAGUAUUUUGGGCCUGUUAUAUUGAUUGUUUUUGUGUGAACUUUUUAAUUGAAUCCUUCCUUCCUUCCAAUGACCAAGCUAUAAACUUGUACGAGUAUAUCAUGAGAUUACUAAGGAAUCUACGCAGACGAUGUAACAAAGUUUGAACAGUUAACAAAUCCGUAUCAAUCAUAACUACGAGUGACGAAUACAGAGCCUGCUUCAUAUUUUUAGAACAUAUUUAUUUACUUCAUACCUUCUAAGGUUUACCUUAAUAACAUGUAAGUAAAAUCAAAUAUGUAUAUGCUGAAAUAUUUAUGAUAUAAAUACAGUGCUUAUUGAUUGCUUUCAGUAAUAAAAUGCAAUAAAAAUAACGUUGCCUGAUUAAUCGAUAAAAUUGGCGGAAAACUGUAUUUUUAUUGUUACUCAAUGAUCAAUAUUAAAGAUAUCUAAUCUAAGCACGGUUUGAUUACAAAUGAUUAUAUUUUAAUUAAACUUUUGUUUAAUAUUGUAUGUUAUAUUUAGGCAUUACCUAUAUCCGUUAUAGGUGAUAAAAUUAUGUGAUAGUAAGAGUACAGUAAUUGGUGGAAAAGUAUAAAUUUUAACCUUUGGAUAGAAACAAAUAUCUGUGAUUAGAAGGAAUGUAGUAAAUCAUAGAUUUAAUAAAUAUAAAUUAUGAUCUUGCAAUAUAACGUUUUAUAGUAGUUUAUAUUUGAAUAAUCAGUUCCUAACAUCUUUUGCUUUCUAAUUAUUAUUACGGAAAUUUUAAAUACUGGUAACGAAUAGCAUAUUCUGUUAUAGUACUUCAGUAUAUGAAUGUAUAUAAUAAUACUAUGUAUAUAUUUAUAGAAUUACAUAUAUAUGGCUGUGUUUGGAUCUUAGUCGAAGGGCUUCCUCACAUAAGAUGCCAAAUGUACCUACGUGAUAAUCAGUAUAAUUAAUAAGUGGUAAAUAUUACCACUACUAUGACAUGUAAAUGAUUUAAUUUUAUUGUUGGGGUAGUAGAACAAAAUAAAGUUUUUUUUUUUA